AGCUACAUUGCUAUCAUUAGAGGAAAUCAAAGUUGGCAGGAACCGCCGAAGAAUCUGCAAUUUGGCUUCUUCAAGCACAUGGACAGAAUGAUACUGAAAAAUAAAACCUACGAUGACUUGUUGGACAUCUCGAAACCUACAGAUACUAGUAACUGCCAGAGCGAGAUCUCUCAAUAUUACAGGGGACGUAACAUUCUCAUAACGGGCAGUUCCGGCUUUUUGGGCAUACUUCUGAUAGAAAGAUUACUGCGAUGCUGCCCGGAUAUAGGAAAAAUGUACGUGCUUAUGAGGGAGAAGAAAGGGAAAUCAGUAGAUGAGCGGUUCAACGAGCUUUUUGACAACGUUGUUUACGACAGAAUGAAGAAAGAGCAGCCCGACUUCAUCGCUAAGGUAAUAAUGAUAGAGGCCGACUUCGGCGAAGCAGAUCUGGGCUUGUCGCCGGAAAAUCGGAAACGUCUCUUAGACACAAACAUAAUAUUUCAUAUGGCGGCGACCGUGCGAUUUAACGAAAUACUUCGAAUCGCGGUGAACAUCAACGUGAGGGGAACCAAACAAAUGCUUCUUUUUGCGAAGGAGAUGCCGAAUUUAGAGGCAUUUGUUUACGUAUCGACCGCGUUUUGUCACUGUGUGAAAAGCUUUAUCGAUGAGAAAUAUUAUCCUCCGCCUUUAGAGGCGGAUAAGAUUUUAACGUUGAUCAAUAUUCUGGACGAUGAUAAGCUGGAGAAUAUAAAACCGACAUUACUGGGCGAAUGGCCGAAUACUUACGUGUACAGCAAGGCGAUCGCCGAAGACUUAGUGCGUCAAUACAGUGUCGGACUACCGGCCUGCAUCAUACGUCCAUCGAUCGUAGUGACAACGUUGAAAGAACCGAUAUCUGGAUGGACUAAUAACUUAUACGGAGCGAUAGGCAUAGUAAUGGGCACUUGUAUAGGUUUGUUGCGUACUUUACAUUGCGUGCCCGAAUAUAUUGCGGACAUGAUACCCGCCGAUUACGUAAUAGCGAACAUCAUCGUUGCGGGCUGGGACAUCGCCAAAAGAAAAGAUACUUUGCUAAGCAUUGAAGAAACGGACCCAGACGUUCCUGAAACUGAAAGAACGCCGAUUUACAACUGCGUGUCGUCGCCCCAAAAUCCUAUUACUUGGAAAAGAUUCACGAGUUUGAACGAGAAAUACGGCUUACAAAUACCGAGUACAAAAAUGAUAUGGUACUAUAAAUUCACUCUAAAUAGAUACCGAUUUAUGAAUGAGAUAUACGUGAUAUUCCUGCACUUUAUACCCGCUGUCAUAGUCGAUGUUUUGGCUUUCCUCAUAGGCCGAAAACCCAUGUUAGUAAAAUCUUACAAAAAGUUAGACAAAUUCAUCAACGUGGUAACGUACUUUACAAUACGUCAAUGGCAAUUUCGCAAUGACGCUGUUUUAAAACUCUGGAGUCGUCUAAAUUUAGCUGAUCGUAAAAUGUUCAACUUCAACGUACAAGACCUAUCCUGGAAGGAAUUUACGGUGAACAUGGUUUUCGGACUUCGUUUGUAUUUACUGAAAGAUACGGAAGAUACUAUAGAACAAGCACGCAUAAGAUAUAGGAAAAUGAAGAUCGUCCAUUAUACGAUAAUAACUAUUGUCUCGAUUUUGCUGAUGUGGGGUAUCUUAAGCUUAGCAAAUUUCGUAAUAUCAUUCUUUUCGUAGAAUUUUGUCGUUUUUCAAGUUGUAUCGAUAAUAGUGGUAUAUGUAGUAAAGGAUAGAUAAUUAUAUUGAUAAGAUUAAUAGCAAAAAUAAAAAUAUCUGUAGUUUACGUAUUAUUUUUUAUACAAGUAGUUAUACACUGUAGUUUACGUAUUAUUUCUUAUACAAGGGUUUAGGUAUGUUCUGCAUUUACUAAAACAAUAAUAAAUGUUUGCGAAGAUUUUAAGAGCAUUUUUGUCACGAGUGUGAAACAGAACAAUUGCAUUCGACAGACAGUCGCGAUCGUUAAAUGAGGCGGUCAAGCAAAACGGCAUAGAUAAUAUUGUUUUUUUCCUUACUUUUUUUAACUACACAAUUGGAUAAAAUGCGUUUUUUUCUUGGGUACGGUUCUUACGUGAUUAUAUCGUUUUUACGUUCGAAUAAAUAUGUAUGAAUGAAUAUUUAACAUCUUUGAUGAUCGUACUCAAAAGUUGGUAUAAUAUUAUGUGAGAAAAGUGUUGUUACAUUUUUUAUUACAACUUUAGCUUCGGAAAUAUUUUCAUUCGGAAGCUCGGUUUACGUGAAAACUCCGGAUAAGCUGUCAGGUAAUAUCGCGACAUUUUUGUUACGAGUCUUAAUAUCUUUCCGAUAAAUUGCUCUUAUAAAAUGGCAAUGUGUUGCAUGUUAUACAUAUUAAUAUAAUUUAUGCGUAAAAUUUGUUAUCAAUAUUAAUACAUGUAACGCCAAUCACGUCAUCAUACACCUAAAAUGGAUGAAUCAUUUAAUAAGGCAGUCAAGCGAUACGAUAUCGCAAUAUUGAAUGCAUAAGUAAAACGAUAGAUUGAUAACAGAUUGUCGAAUGCAACUGUUCUGUUUCAACUCGUAACAAAAAUGUCGCGACAUUACCUAACAGAUUAUCCUGAGUUUUCACGUAAACCGAGCUUCCGAAUGAAAAUAUUUCCGAAGCUAAAGUUGUAAUAAAAAAUGUAACGACAUUUUUCUCACAUGAUAUUAUACCAACUUUCGAUUGCGAUCAUCAAGCU